AUGGGAUUCAUAUCAAUAUUACACAUACUUUUAUUGUCCAUAUUUACAACCCGCAUCUUAUGUGAUGUUUCUGUGGUUAAACCCAAUUCAGGCAGUACAUUUGAUCUAUCAUCUGGCUCACAAGAAAUCACGAUCGAAUGGGUUGAAAAUAAUGCCGCACCAUUAUUAUCCGAGAUGAAAUAUUAUUCGUUCCUGUUAUGUUCAGGUCCAAAUGAUAAAAUACAAUCUAUUGUGUAUUUAAAUAAUAAAGUGUUGGCUACUGAAAUUACAGAUUAUACUUAUACGGCAACCAUCAAAAAUACUGUUGCUAAAAAUGGUGUUUUUUUUGUCCAAGUUUUUGCAAGUGGCGAUUUCGGUUAUACUAUUCAUUAUUCUGGUAGAUUUACUCUAACUGGUAUGCAAGGUACUGUGGUACCAACUAGUGCAGCAAAAACUGAUAACGGAGCUCCUAAUCCACAAUAUUACAUAACUGGCGCAGAUGGCGAUGGUAAUGAUGCAAAUACUAUUGCAACUUCUAUUAACUCAGCCUCCUUUUCUAUCCCAUAUCCAAAACAAUCCGGUAUAGUGAAAUAUGCCCCAAUGCAAAUGCAGCCAAAGAAAAAAGUGACUGCCACUACUUGGACUAGACAAUUUCCCACUAGUAAGGUUACCUUUUAUGGUUCUUUUAAAAAAUCCUUAGAUUGUGAAAGUACCAUUACUCCAGGUUGGAGUUACACCAUAACUAGUGACGUUAAUUAUGCUACACCUGCUUCAUUCCCCAGUGAUAAUGGCGGGUGGUAUGAUCCUAAAAGUAAAUUAAGCCUAACCCCUAGAAAAAUGAAUUUAAAUAACAUAUUAAAUAGGGAUAGUAGCUCCACCAAAAGUACUGCUAGUGCUUGA